GGUCGAGAGCUGCAGCCAUCAAAACACCACAUAAGUCACCAUCACCACCAAAAACCAAACACUCUUCUGCAUACAAACUCCUCCUCACGAUUAUUGCACGCGACCGUUGAUCUCCUCCAUGUAAGUAGCACAUUGCACACACCUCCACAUCUCCAGACUGGUGAAAGCUUGGAGCCACAACCCCACUGCACUGGCCAGAGCUUUGCCUUGCAAGCUUCUUGUUGUUCAUGCUGGAGCUAAUGCACGCGAGCUGGGCUGCCACAUUACAACACAGCAACUGAUUUUUUUGAUCUGGAAAAACAGAAUUUCUCCCCACAAACCCAUUCCCAAGAACGAAAACCUCAGAGCAAUAUCAAGAUGACGCUCUACUACGGCCUCGUAAGUUCAGCAACCCCUCCAAACAUAUCCUCAAUAUCCCUAGCCUCCUGUUUUCAACCAAACCAGUCCGGCUUUGGCUCAAUCCACACCAUCCGUUUCUCGCUGACAAGCUAUUCCAACUAGGUCUUCAUGAUGCUAGCGGCUGAAGUCGUCUUCUUCGCGCUACUCGUCCUGCCAUUCCCAUUCAAGAUGCGCAAAUCGAUAUUCAACUUCAUGUACACCUUUCUACCCCGCUCGACAUCCACGGUUUGCUAACAACCACCGCAGUAGCACUAGUACCAUCGUAGCGAAGUUGCAAUAUGGCAUGAAGAUUGCCCUCAUCUUCGUCCUCGUUUUGUUCAUUGACAGUGUAAACCGCGUCUACCGAGUCCAAGUCGAGCUCCAUGAAGCCAACAACAACAAAGCCGGGUAUGCAGAAUUGGUUUCAUCCACACCGUUGUGAACUACAACUAAUUGCAUGAUAGAACGAUUAUGGGACACGAACGCAUGGAAGUGCAAGCACGAAAGUUUUACUCCCAACGCAACAUGUACCUCUGCGGAUUCACACUCUUCCUUUCCAUCAUCCUCAACCGAACCUACACCAUGAUCCUUGACAACAUUACUUUGGAGGCCAAGGUUAAAUCUUAUGAGUCGAACGCUUCUGCUGGUGGCCCGGAGAAUGUUGCUCGUUUGGAGAAGGAGCUCGCUAAGAAGGAUCGGGAUUUGGCUACGUUGAAGAAACAGGUUGAGGGCGUCAGUGCAGAGUACAACAGAUUGGGCGACGAGAAGUCCCCAAAGGAUGGUACACCAAAGAAGGACCGAUAA